ACGAAGAAGUAAACUAUUCCUCUAUCUUAAUUCUUAAGUAAGCAAAUCAUAUUCAUCAUGUAGUCGUAUAUAUAAACGCGUAUAAUUCAUUGAUAUUCAUAGUGGAGUAGUUGUACACAGUUCCGGUCAAUCAUAUUUCUAAAUCAAUUCUGUAUUCUUUGAUCAUCUAUCUAAUCCGUUACAUGUUUUCGAUCCACUGCACAUACAGUUUCUCUUGACCACAACAUCAGGAUUUUGUACCUAAAUUUCGAUCAAGAUGUCGAUGCUUGAUUCGAUCUUCGCUAAGGGGGCUUUCAAGGCUUCCAAAUGUAAAACGCUUUUGAAGUUGACGAUACCGCGGAUAAAAUUGUUGAGGAAUCGUAGAGAAAUUCAUAUAAAACAGAUGCGGCGGGAUAUUGCGAAACUUUUAGAGACCGGUCAAGAAGCUACGGCCCGAAUUCGGGUAGAGCAUAUAAUAAGGGAAGAGAAAAUGAUGGCAGCUCAAGAAAUUAUUGAGUUGUUUUGCGAGCUUGUGGUUGUUCGGCUACCGAUUAUUGAAGCUCAAAGGGAAUGUCCUCUUGAUUUGAAGGAGGCGAUUUCGAGUCUGUGUUUUGCUGCUCCAAGAUGCGCAGAUCUUCCUGAGCUGAUUCAGGUUCAGAUGGCUUUUGCUUCUAAAUAUGGCAAAGAAUUUGUUGCUGCUGCUACCGAACUCAUGCCAGAAUGUGGUGUUAAUCGCCAGUUGAUCGAGCACCUAUCCGUCCGUGCUCCAGCUCCUGACGUAAAGCUUAAUCUGUUGAAGGAAAUAGCAGAGGAGUAUGAGCUUGAUUGGGAUCCUACCGCAUCUGAAACUGAAUUACUUAAGCCGCAUGAAGAUUUGCUGAACGGCCCGUCACAACUUGCUAGUCCAAAAUUGCCGCUUCCGGAAGAAAAACACGAGGAACCAGUACAAGCGGCUUCAGAACAAACCUAUAACGCACAAUCAGAUUCUGAUUCCGAUUAUGACAUUUUAGAUCUUCCUGAGGUUCCCAGUUCAUCCAUACAACAUAACGCUCCUUCAGAAACCGUUUCUAGGCCCGAAAUGCUUCCAUUCCCACCAUCCGCCUUAUCCGACCUCAACAACGAAGAACCAGAAAAUAUAUUUGAAAAAUCAGCAACCAAUGAAACCGAACAGAAACAGUUUCUACCAUUCAUAUCUCCACCAUCAGAUACUGUUGCAGUGAAAGAAACCGUUCCAUCUCCCCGACCGAAAACGGAUGACGUGAAGAUGGUGAAACAAGUUCAAGAACGUGGUCCGGUUUCAAGGACUAAACCUGGGGUGAAAGAUGAUUUGCAGGAUGUAUUGGCGGCUGCACAGGCGGCUGCCGAAAGUGCUGAACGGGCAGCAACAGCUGCUCGGGUAGCUGCAAGCCUUGCCCAGAUGAGAAUCAGUGAACUGGUUAAGAAACAGAACGAGUACGAGUCGAAUGAGAACCCAUUUUCUGGUGAGCCAGAGCAGUCAAGUGUUGACCAUGAUGCUGUUACAAGUCCUUCACAGGUGUCAACUUCUCAUCAGCCUCAGCGGCUGCCGUCAAUGGAAGAUGGUUUUAUGUCGUAUCCGAAUCUGUUUACUAAACCGAGUUCUGGUGAGUUGACUCGGGAUCAGUCGUUUGGUGAUAGUCCGCGGUCUGGUAAUGGGCGUUGAGUCGAUGCUGUCUUACCUUGUCUCCCUUUAUAUACGAUAUUGUUUUGGGUUUAAUUUGUCUUGUGAAGUGACUUUUAUCAUGUAUGGAGAAUCGUUAUUAUGUUUUGAAGGGAUAUAUUGGCUUAUUGUUUGUACAACCUGAUUAAGUUCUGUAUGGACUAAAACAAUUCUGUAAGUGGAGAGAAAAACUUACCAGCA